UUAUUACGAUCUCCAGAAUAAUAUUCGAAAGUAAUACAUCUUAAAUCAUCAUAUAGUUUAAAAGUUUUGUUUAUAAUUAAACUUUUAUGUGUAUUCUGUAAAUAUGCGUUUUUAGUGGAUUUUAGUAAUGGCCGCUUAUCGCAUACUAGUAAACGUUUAAAUGAUGCGGUCCGAUAAAUGUUUUAUGUGAAUACUGCGUAAUUUUAUAAAUAGUUGUAGACAAAAUGUUUUGCCUAAUAUUCAUCUUUUGUUUUCUAUCGCCAACGACAUUUUCGCAAGUUAUAGAUAAGGAAACAUACACGGUUUUCUUUCAAAUAGCUGGAAUCUUUGAAAAAGAUUCCAUUACGCAGAGACUUGCCUUCAAAGAGAGCAUGCGUGAUGCCAAAUUGGGAAUGGGACUAGAGUCUAGUCAGGGCGGAAAAGCCCUGGAUUGGCGACUAGAACCUGUUAUUCUACAGCCCGAUAGGACAGACAGUUACUCUGUUUGGAAAAACUUAUGUUCUAAUAAAACAAUGCGUCCAAUAGCCGUAUUUGGUCCUCAAAACCCUAUAUCAGAUGGGACAGUUCGAGACCAAUGUGCCUUCGCAAAAAUACCCCACAUCCAAGCCACAUGGAAACCGGUGGACACUGAUUUAGGGAUAAACGAAGAAGAAGAACCCAUAGAAGAUACCGAAGAAAUGACGUACAAAAAAAUUUCCAUUAACUUUUAUCCGCGAGCUGAAGAAAUUUUGGAAGCAUAUGCAUCGCUGCUAAAGUACUACAAAUGGGAAAACUUCGCUGUUCUUUACGAAGAUGACUUCGGUCUAAUGAGGGUUCAAAAAAUUCUGGCCGAGUUUACAGACCAUUUUCCUGUUACAGUCAGGAAAUUGGAUCCUACAGAGGAUAAUGUUAAAGUAUUUAAAGACCUUAGUGCAUACAAAGAAAGUCGUAUAAUCUUGGAUUGUCACGAGGAUCGUAUCCUUAAAUAUUUAGAAGAGGCCCGCACUGUUAACAUGUGUAACGAAUAUCAGCAUUAUAUCUUAAUCAACAUGGAUACUUCAAAAGUUGCCGAUAAAUUAAGCUAUUUCCGCUCAAAUAUAACCUGGCUUAGUAUAACGGAGUACGAUAAAUUGCAAGACUCGAAACAUUUCCUGGUCUCGAGGGUCGGACGUUGGACUAGUGAAACACCGACUUCCCUGUCUCCGCCAGUAACACUUUUUAAGGUGGAAACACUUAUUAUGAACGACGUAGCAAACCAUGUACUCAAAGCUUUAAAAGAGCUUAAAGCAGAUAACGACAUAAAAAACCCCUAUAACUUUUUGUGUGAAUCCGAUUCAGAGCCUUGGCCCUACGGCGCUUUACUGCAGGAGAAAAUACUUAAAACAAAAACUACUGGAGUCACGGGUCAGGUUGAAUUUAAUGAAAAAGGCGAACGUGUUAAUUAUACUUUAUACAUUAAUGAAAUUCACGAAUCAGAAUUAGACACGAUUGGCAUGUGGGAUUCAACCAAUGGCCCGGUUAUUAAAUCUGUAUCGAAAUCUAUAGGAUCGCAAAAAAAUAGUAAACAUUUCAUAAUAAUAUCUAGGAAAGCAAAACCUUAUUUCUAUGACAAAAUUAAAUGCGAAGAAGGAAAUAAAACCUGUGUCGAAGAACCUGCUGAUGAAAAAUACGAAGGUUUUGUAGUAGAUCUGGUUGAAAAAAUAUUCACAACAUUACGUAAAUAUAAUUUCAAUUACACAUACACGUUUCUAGACAAAGAAUAUAAGGAUUACGGUAGUUAUGACCAAAAGACCAAGAAGUGGGAUGGACUUAUUGGUGAUCUGUUAGAUAAAAAAGCAGAUCUAGCAGUAUGUGAUUUAACUAUAACGGAAAAGAGGAAAAAGGUGGUAGAUUUUUCAGUUCCCUUUAUGACGCUAGGAAUAAGUAUUCUUUACACCAAAGAGAAGAAAGUAGCACCGGGGAUGUUUUCUUUCUUAAAACCAUAUACGUUCGAUGUAUGGAUGUACACGGCAACCGCUUAUUGCGUCGUAUCAAUCGUUCUCUUUGUUUGUUCGAGGAUAUCGCCCGCAGAUUGGGAAAAUCCGCAACCGUGCGAUAAAGAUCCAGAAGAAUUGGAAAAUAUUUGGAACUUUAAGAACUGCACUUGGUUGACAAUGGGGUCGAUUAUGACGCAAGGAUGUGACAUUUUACCGAAGGCAAUUGGCUCUCGGUGGGUUUGUGCCAUGUGGUGGUUUUUUGCGGUAAUUGUUUGUCAGACAUACAUAGCUCAGCUAUCAGCUUCAAUGACUUCAGCCUUGGAAAAUGAACCAAUCAACAACGUUGAAGAUCUUGCAAAACAAACAAAGGUGUUGUAUGGAGCUAUAAGGACCGGCUCAACCAUGGACUUCUUUAAGUUAUCUAAGGAUAAAAUGUACAGACAGAUGUAUGAUAAUAUGAUGGCCAAUCCUGUAGUCCUGGUCAACAGCAACGAUGAAGGUGAAAAGAGAGUCAUUAAUGGAAAAAACAAAUACGCAUUCUUCAUGGAAUCAACUUCGAUAGAAUAUAAAUUAAAAAGAAAUUGUGAACUUAAAAAAGUGGGCGAAGAACUCGACUCUAAGGAUUAUGGUAUAGCUAUGCCCGCUAACUCUCCUUUCAGAACGCAUAUAAAUAGAGCAAUACUGGAAUUAAAAGAAUUGACGGUGUUGGAUGAAGUGAAAAAGAAAUGGUGGGAAGAAAAAAAUGACGCAAAACAAUGUGAAGACGAGAAAGAUGAAAACGACGCAGAAGGUGACUUAGAAAUGCAAAACUUAAUGGGCGCGUUCAUUGUACUUAUAGUUGGUCUCGUGUUCAGCUUGUUCAUUACCGCUGCGGAGUUUAUGAACGAAGUGCGGAACAUAGUUGUUCGUGAACAGGUAUCUCAUAAGGAAGUCUUUAUCAAAGAACUUAAGUCUUCAUUGAACUUCUUCCAAAUGCAAAAACCUGUUUUACGUAAUCCGAGCCGAGCUUCGUCAAUAGCGUCUCCUGAUAUCAGCGAAAAGGAUACCAAACGUUUAAAUGCGAUGGAAAAUUUUCUCGCAUUUGAAAAAGAAGAACAAUAAAAGUUUUAUUUAAGAAGAUUAUCUAUUAGCUGCUACAAAUUUUAAAGGAAUAAC